GCUGGUGCGAGAGUUUGUGGCUCAGAACAACACGUCUCAAAUCAAACACGUGAUCCAAAUCCUGUCACAGGAGUUCGCGCUCUCCCAGCACCCCCACAGCCGGAAAGGGGGACUCAUUGGCCUGGCCGCUUGCUCCAUCGCCCUGGGCAAGGACUCUGGGCUCUACCUGAAGGAGCUGAUUGAGCCAGUGCUGACAUGUUUCAACGACGCUGAUAGUCGGCUGCGGUACUACGCUUGUGAGGCCCUCUAUAACAUUGUCAAGGUGGCCAGGGGCUCUGUCCUCCCACACUUCAAUGUGCUCUUCGAUGGCCUCAGCAAGCUGGCUGCUGAUCCUGACCCGAACGUCAAAAGCGGCUCCGAGCUCCUCGAUCGGCUUCUCAAGGACAUCGUGACAGAGAGCAACCAGUUUGACUUGGUAGGCUUCAUCCCACUGCUGCGUGAGAGGAUUUACUCCAACAACCAGUAUGCCCGCCAGUUCAUCAUAUCCUGGAUCCUGGUCUUGGAAUCUGUGCCUGACAUCAACCUCUUGGAUUACCUGCCAGAAAUCCUGGAUGGGCUCUUCCAGAUCCUGGGAGACAACAGCAAAGAGAUAAGGAAAAUGUGUGAGGUGGCUCUCGGGGAGUUCCUCAAGGAGAUCAAGAAGAACCCCUCCAGCGUCAAGUUUGCAGAAAUGGCCAAUAUCCUGGUGAUCCACUGCCAGGCGGCAGAUGACCUGAUCCAGCUGACAGCCAUGUGCUGGAUGAGGGAGUUCAUCCAGCUGGCUGGCCGGGUGAUGUUGCCUUACUCCUCAGGGAUCCUGACUGCUGUCCUGCCGUGUCUCUCCUAUGAUGAUCGCAAGAAGAACAUCAAGGAGGUGGCAAACGUGUGCAACCAGAGCCUGAUGAAGCUGGUCAUCCCAGAGGAUGAUGAAAUGGAUGAGGCCAAGCAGUCAACGACCUUGCCAGCAGAGCCCACCUCGGAGGAGUCCGUCUCCAAGCCAGAGGCAGUGUCUAGCGACUCUCUGGAUGUGUCUGGUGACUCCAACGUCAGCAAAAGCAAUGUCUUCACAGGAAACAGCUCCGAGAGGAUCCAGGUGACCCUGAACCUGGAUGGAAUAGUUCAAGUGCUGGACUGCCACCUUCAUGACACAUCCAUUGGGAUGAUGACCAGAAUUGCAGUCCUGAAAUGGCUCUACCACUUGUACAUCAAGACGCCUCGUAAGAUGUUCCGACACACUGACAGCCUCUUCCCCAUCUUGCUGCGGACCCUCUCAGAUGAGUCAGAUGAGGUUAUCCUGAAGGACCUGGAAGUGCUGGCUGAGAUUGCUUCUUCCCCAGCGGGACAGACAGAGGGUUACAGUCCCUCCGACAGCUCCGAUGUGCGACCUGGCCCAGUGGAGCUUCACGUCCCGGCCAGGGCUGGCCAGCUGAGCUCCUCUGGUACGAAAAGCUUGGAGUGCUCGCCUUCCACCCCCACCAUGAACUCCUACUUCUACAAGUUCAUGAUCAACCUGCUCAAGCGCUUCAGCAGCGAACGGAAACUCCUGGAGACCAGAGGAGCCUUCAUCAUCAGGCAGCUUUGUCUACUUCUGAAUGCAGAAAACAUCUUCCACUCCAUGGCAGACAUACUGCUUCGGGAAGAGGACCUCAAAUUCGCCUCUACCAUGGUCCACACCCUGAACACCAUCCUGCUGACAUCCUCUGAGCUCUUCCAGCUGAGGAACCAACUGAAGGACCUGAAGACCCCGGAAAGCCGUAACCUCUUCUGCUGCCUGUACCGGUCCUGGUGUCACAACCCUGUGACAACUGUGUCCCUCUGCUUCCUUACCCAGAACUACAAGCAUGCCUACGACCUCAUCCAGAAAUUCGGGGAUCUGGAGGUCACCGUGGAUUUCCUCACCGAGGUGGACAAGCUGGUGCAGCUCAUCGAGUGCCCCAUAUUCACAUAUCUCCGCCUGCAGCUGUUGGAUGUGAAGAACAACCCCUACCUGAUCAAGGCUCUCUAUGGCCUGCUGAUGCUGCUGCCCCAGAGCAGCGCCUUCCAGCUCCUCUCCCACCGCCUGCAGUGCGUGCCCAACCCAGAGCUCAUGCAGACCGCGGACAGCACCAAACCAAGCGCCAGCUUCAAGAGGACAACAGCCUCCAACAUCGACUACACGGAGCUGCUGCAGCACUUUGAGAAGGUCCAAAACAAGCACCUGGAAGCGCGGCACCAGCGAGCUGGGCGGGCAGAGCAGCUGGACCGGCGGGUGGUCCUCUGA